AUGCCAAAGUGUGGAGCAUGUGGUAAAUUUCUAACGUCGACAGGUGCCGUUGUUUGUACCGUUUGUCCCAUUAUGUUUCAUCGUGGAUGUCUAUUAGUAUCUGAAACGACAAAUAUAAGCAAAGAUUGGGCUUGCCCAGAAUGCAAAAAGAAAUCACGAAAAGGAGACAAUAGUUGUACUCCUGUAAGUGGGAUAUUUGGUAACAUAUCACAAGAUAAUGUGUCUCGGGAGGUCAAUAUUAGCUCACCCUGCAGCAGUUUGUCUCAGACAUUAGACAUGAAAUCGGGUGAGGAAUCUAUUGCACAAGAGCUAAGUCGCCAGCUCGUUACCUGCACAGCUGAGAUGCGAGAACUCCGAAAGGAGAUUGGUGAACUUCGUGCGUCCGUAUUAGGGUUUGGAUGUGAGCGUAUGGAUGGCAUCGAGCGUAGGCUUGAGAUAAUUGAGCAAAGGCAGAAACCAACCGGAGUUGAGGUUGCCGAACUGGAGCGAACGGUGAACUUAUUGCAGCUGGAGCUCAACGAUCGGGACCAAGAGGCGCUACUCACAGAUCUGGAGAUCGGGCAUCUACCGGAAGAAAAGGGUGAAAAUAUCAUUCACACAGUGUCCGUGCUUGCGGCUAGGCUAGGUGUGCCAUUAGAGGGGCGAGACAUAGUGUUUGCGGAGCGCAUCGGAGCGGUGCAAGCGGUGGUGAGCGGCGGGUCACCCGGUGGCGCGGCGCCGCGCGGCCGCCGCGUCGUGGUGCGGCUGGCACGCCGCCAGCUGCGUGACGAGCUGCUGCGCGCUGCGCGUGUGCGUCGCUCCGUCACAACCUCUGAACUAGGCGCGGCCGCCCCGCCACACCGACUUUACGUUAACGAACGGCUAACCCGAUACAACAGACAGCUUUUUCACAAAGUCCGUGAGGCGUGCCGUAAAUUCUCGUGGCGUUACUCGUGGACAAAGAGAGGUCGCAUAUACGCCCGCCAAGGUGAAGGGAAGCCGGCCUGCUACAUUCGUACGGAGGAUGACUUUAUUCGUAUUUUUGGUUCCGAUAAGGUUUGA